AUGGAGCAGUGCAACAAAGUCAGCAGCAGCAGCAGCAGCAGCAGCAGCAGCAGCAGCGGUAGCAGCAGCGGUAGCAGCAGCAGCAGUGUUCGCAACAGCAGCGGUAGUGGCAGUGGUAGCGAGUGCAGUAGCAGCAGCUGCAGUAGUAGUCGCCUGAGCGAGUGCAGCAGCAGCACUAGCGAGUUCACUAGCAGCAGCAGCAGCAGCAGCAGCAGCGUCAGCAGCAGCAGCAGAACGUUGCUGCCGUUUGAGCGCCCGCUGCAGCAGCACGAGCGCUGCAGCGCCGCGUGCGCGCCCC